AGAGGAAAAUCUUUUUCCUUUCAUUUCUAUUUUGUGUUCUUUCUUUCUUCUUUCUUCUGUCUUCUUUUUUUCUGAUAAUAGCAAAGGCAAUAUGGAUUCAUGUACUACUUGCCCCUUUUGCGAUUUACCGGUUCCCGCAUCACAACUCGAAUGGCACGCCAACGCUCACUUUGACGAUCACGACACUGAUUACGAGCUGCUCCAACAAAUUCAUCGUUCUCCAAAUUCGCCCCCUCAAUCUCUCCCGAGUGAACAAGCAGCCAAUGGCUCGGGGUUUGGAGCAACUUGUGGUGAUUGUAACUAUUGGUGUGGGGGUGGGAGUAGUAGAGGUACUGAGGAAUGCACAAUGGAUGAACGCAUCGCUUGCUUGAUUGGAUUACAAACCAGGAGCAAAUUUUACAAAGUUGAAGUGGGUUUGAUGGCCUUGUUGAGAAACUGUUUGGAGUCUGAAGCUGAAAACUCAAAAAGCAUUUUGUCAGGUUAUAUUGAUCAUUUCCAGUGCCUUGAGUCCGAGGAUGCUGGAUGGGGUUGUGGAUGGCGUAAUAUUCAAUUGCUUAGCUCUCACUUGCUAGUGCAAAGACCAGAAGCAAGAGAAGCUUUGUUUGGUGGUUCGGGAUUUGUUCCUGAUAUCCUGUCGCUCCAGAGAUGGCUUGAGGUUGCUUGGGAAAAGGGUUUUGAUGCACCUGGAUUUUCUCAGUUCAGUCAUGCUAUUUGUGGCUCGAAAAAAUGGAUAGGAACUACUGAGUGUGCUGCUCUCUUGCGUUCCUUUGGUCUUCGGGCAAGAGUAGUGGAUUUUGGUCCUAAGGAAUCCCAGUCGCAUUAUACAUCUGUCCCUGGUUCAACUGUUGAUAACUCUAUGGAUAAAGCAAAUAGUCAUAAGAUGGUAAAAAGUAAUGCUAAAAAAAGUGAGGCUUGUCAAGUUCUCAUGGAUUUUGUGUGGAAUUACUUUUCUGAUAAAAGCUCAAUCCAAUUUGGUCAGCAGCAUGUUGUGAUCAGCGAGAAAACGCCAUUGUACUUUCAACAUGAUGGUCACUCAAGAACAAUAGUUGGAAUUCAAGUCAAACAUCAACAGAAUGGAAUUCUGGAAUAUAAUCUUCUAGUUUUGGACCCUGCUCAUAGUACAGCUGCUCUUGAAAGAUCGCUAAGGCAGAAAGUUGGAUGGCAGAAACUCAUAAAAAGAGGAAUGCAUACACUGAAGAAGCCACAAUACCAGUUGUGUUAUGUUGAUCCUGGAAUCGCUAGUGAAGAGGAGAUGAAAAAACUCAAGACAAUUGAUAGUGUCCUCCUUGAAUUUUAGACAGCCAUGUAAAGUGCUUUGCUACGCCCAGUUGCCCCAAUUAGAAGAAUAAGCGGGACAACCACUAAACACAGAAGCGCCACUUCCCAAC